CCCAAGCAGUAAAGAAGAGGAUUGUCCGAUUCCCCUUCCAGAAUGCUCGCUGGAUUGAAAUCCUUACUCCUUUGGAUCAGCUUUUCCCCCUCUUCUUUUCCUCCUGCCUUGCUCCAGUGGCUGACUGACAGACUCUGACUUCUACCUGCUCUUUUUCCUUCUCCCUUCCCACAGCAGUGCCCACUGCCAACUUGCUGAUUCCUGAAGGUGUGGGUCAGCCUGAAUGCUCUGUCAUGGCCAGCCACUGGUUUUCCACUGACCUUCAGCAGGAAGUGAGCUGCCCCAUCUGCCUGGACAUUCUGCAGGACCCUGUCACCAUUGACUGUGGGCACAACUUCUGCCAUGGUUGCAUCACUCAGCUUAGGAAAACUUCUGAAAAUUUCCUCCAAUGUCCCAUCUGCAAAAGUUCCAUGAGAAAGGACACAUUCUCACCCAAUUGGCUGUUGGGGAAUCUGGUGGAGAGAAUCCAAGCUAUAAACUUCUCUGAGAGGUGGUCAGAAGAGGAGGAGCUGAGAUGUCCAAAGCAUGGAGAGAAGCUGCACUACUUCUGUGAGGAGGAUGGGGAACUUCUCUGUGUGGUGUGUCAUGACUCCAAGGACCACAAAUCCCAUAACACCAGAGUGAUAGAAGAAGCUGCCCAGCAUCACCAGGAGCAGAUCCAGUUACAUAUGGGGGUCUUGCAGCAAAAGAAGCAGUUAUACUCAAAUGAUCAAGAUGAAGAAAAGAUCUCUACCUUCGUGGCCCAGGUGAAGUUUGAGAAACAACGGAUCCAGACAGAAUUCAAGCACCUGCAACAGGUACUAGAGGAGGAGAAGAACGUCCUCCUGUCAAGCAUCGAGUGGCUGGAAAAAGAGGGCAUCAAGGAAUGUGAAAACUACAGUGCUGUCACCCAGGCACAGUUCAGCUCACUCAAGGAUUCCCUGACGUCCAAGCAGCAGAUGCCACCCAGACAGCUGCCGCAGGACAUCAAAGGCACCUUGCACAGGUAUGAGGGCCAUCCCACAUGCAUGUUGCCCCUGAAUCAUUGCUAAGUUCUGUUCCCAACAUAGCUUCAGAUACCCUCAACAUUCCCCAUUCACCAACACCCACACUCAUAGUUUGCAGUCAGAGGUUUAGGUUGCAGAGAAGAUCUGAGCUGAGCAAACGAGUUGGCUAGGAGAGUCCUGAGCUGUUCUCCCCAUCUCUCAGUGCCUCCUGCAGGCCCCCUGCUCAGCUGGAUGCCUCCUGGUCCUCUCUCCCUGCCCCACUGCUUUUCUCCUCUCCCCUUCACUUCCAAGUCUCCUUGGGCAGCUUCUCACUGCAGCCCCAUCAGUAGUGCCCACCUGCUG